AUGGCGGACGACGAUGUGGACUUAUCCCCUGAACAGACUGAGAAGUUGAUUCAUUUUCAAGAUCUCACUAUGAUUGAGGAUAUAGAAAGAUGUAAGUACAUUCUGGAGCGACACAGUUGGAAUAUAGAGUCAGCUGUAACAGAUACCCUAUAUGAAAGGGAUGUAGCUAAUGCCCCGUUGACAGCAGCCAGAACGCACAGUCCAGAACCACGAAUGCCAUCCAUGAAUUUAACACCAAGAGAUCAGCAUGUUUAUGUCACAGUGUCAGAAGGACCCCGUGGUGUGUUACAAUGGAUAUCUUAUGCAUUUAUGCUUCCAUUUCGAUUCUUUUUCACAACGUUCAUUGAUAUAAUCAAAUUUGCUUAUCGAUUAGUUUGGCCAGAUCCUAGGCAAAAUGUUACAGAUCCUGUGGGAGAUGUUUUAGCUUUUAUUAGAAAAUUCAAAGAAGAAUAUGGACAAAAUCAUCCUGUUUUUUAUCAAGGGGCUUAUAGUCAGGCUGUCAAUGAUGCAAAAAGAGAAUUGCGUUUUCUUCUUGUCUAUCUUCAUGAAGAUGGCAAUUCUGAUUCUAUUUUAUUCUGUCAAAACACAUUAUGUAAUUCAAGUGUGGUUGAAUUUAUCAACAGCCGAAUGCUUUUCUGGGCAUGUAAUGUCACCAGUCCAGAGGGAUAUAGAGUUCUUUUGUCAGUAUCCCGAACUGUACGCGUACGAAAGUUUCCAUUUCUUUCAUUGAUUGUGUUACGUGAGAACAACAGCAUGACUGCUGUCGCUAGAAUUGAAGGUCGUGUUGAUCCACCAGAGUUGAUUCGAAGGCUGGAGAGAGCAAUUGAAGUCAAUGAACAUGCAGUAACUUCAAUACGAUUAGACAGAGAACGGCUAAAUGCUGAUAAAGUGUUGAGAGAAGAACAAGACCAAGCAUAUUAUGCUUCACUAAAAGCUGAUCAAGAAAAAGAAAGGAAAAAGAAAGAAGAGCGGGACAAAGUUGAGCAGGAAGAAAAACGUCAACGAGACAAAGCUGCUGAGUGGGACCGUGUUUUAAUGGAACGUGAAAGAAGAAAAUCGGAAGUGAGAGAUUUAAUUCCUCCUGAACCAGCUGCUAACCAAGAAGGUGUUGUAAGGAUAAUGCUUACUGUCCCAAGUGGUGCACAUUUAGAAAGAAGAUUUCUUAAAACUCACUCACUAAAGUAUUUAUAUUAUUUUAUUCUGUGCCAUAAUCAAUGCCCAGAUGACUUCAAAGUAUUGAGUAAUUUCCCCAAAGGAGAAGUGCCAUGCCAUCCAACUGAGGACAAUCCUGAACCACCAACAUUUAUGCAGGCAGGCUUGGACAAAUCUGUGCGAUUAUUUGUUCAUGACAAUGAAGCAUAA